AUGGAUGGGAAGAACUUCAGCAAUAAACAGCAAGCUGAACAAAAGAAUCCGGAUGCAGUGACAGACAGUGUUCCAAGCCAAUCUCAAGAGGCCUUGAAUCCGUUUCCAGAUUCAGAUGAUGGAAACACCAGUCCGUUCAAUGGCCAUGAAGCUGAUGUGAACAUGGAAGCUGCCAUCUCGACCGAGGACGUCAUACGAGCUGGUGGGUUCGGAGCGAAGGACGACAUUGGUAGCCUCCUCCCGACAGCAAUUGAUUCUACCGAUUUCGAGGCCUCGCUGCGGGACGCCCGCGAUUUCGAAGGCGAGAAAGAGGCGCCAGCACAUCCUGGACUAGGAUGGAAGGGGGAGAAGGCUGAUGAUGGAAGCAAACUGUCAGAUGUGCCGCAACAGUGA